AUGGAAGUGUUGGGAGAAGUACAUGACAAUACCAUAUCCACUAGGUGCUUUAUUGCUUAUUCUUUAAGAAAGGUAGGAAAGUUAACCGAAGCACUCGAAUGUCACAGAGGAUUACUUGCAGAUCUAGAAAGAAAGUGGGAGAACCAUCAUCUUGAUAGUCUGCUCACUAGAAAUGAUAUUGUAGACAUUUUAAUAGAUUUAGAGAAAUAUGAUGAAGUCCUACAAGAAUGUAAUGUUUUGACCCCACUUCAAAAAAAAAUACUUGGUGAAAAGCACGUCUACACCAUGCAUUCUACUUGUGCCAGGGGUGUAGUAUUGUACUAUAAAGGUGAUUAUGAUACUGCUCUUCAUAUACUUCAGAAUUUACUUCCAAAGCAGAUAGAAGUAUUGGGUGAAGUACAUUGCGAAACUAUAUCCACUAGGAACUUUAUUGCUUAUUGUUUAACAGGGAAGGGAAAGUUAACCGAAGCACUCGAAUGUCACAGAGGAUUGCUGACAGAUUUAGAAAGGAAGUUGGGGAAACAUCACCCUGAGAGUUUUUGCACUAGAAAAGAUAUAGCAGACAUUUUGGAAUAUUUAGAAAAAUAUGAUUAA